CGUGAUCGACUUUGCAGGAAAGCGCGUGCAUACAUGCUACCGCAUGCAGCAAGCUCAUGACAACUUGGGGAGUUGAAUAUUGGCGCGAUCCAAAGGAUUAGAGGCGUAAAGAAAAUUUACGCGGGUAAAUCAAGAUGCACUCGAUGCUUAUGCUACUUGGAAGCUGGGCAUUCCUCGUGUUUUUGUCUACGCAGGGAGAUGCUGCGGAAGGUACAACGACCGUUCCACAUGUGCGGCAAAAGAACGCGACCAAUACGCCAAGGGCGACGACACGCUUAGGAAGAAGCCGGGUACCUCAGAAAUCUGCUGCUAUCGCGGUCAACAUAACGCAGAAGGCGCAGACAUUCAUUGAAACUAUGAAUAAGACAUGGCACGAUAUUUCGUCUUGGGGCAUGACUUCAAAGUACUCCUUCUGGGCCGGCAAGCACAAUCGCUUUGGAGAGCGCCCAAUUUCUGCUCAUGCUGGAAUCUUCGAGUGCGACAAGGAGAUGUCAGACGACUUCGACGACGACGCCAAGAUGGCAAUUUUUUCCUGGCACAUCCCAAAAAAGAUAUGCAGCCCUGUUCCCAUUUACGUGAACGUUACAGUUGCUGAAUUGAAAAGGGGAGAAUUUGUUGAGAAGGAUACCACUUUGAACUUCAAUAAUAGGAACAAGAUAGAAAUAAGGACACCGCGCCGCAAGAGAAAAUGGCGACCUAAAGGCCUCGACAAAGUCGUUGAGGCUUGUGAAUUCACUGUGAAUGUCACAUUCCAUGGCUGGUUUGCGUACGAAACAGAUGACGAAGUAAACGGCAGCCGCUACUAUUCCGUUGGUAUUGGUGUGCUCCAGGACAAGAAAAACGGGCUUGUCAGAAGAAGACACAACAGAUUGUCGUACAUGAUUAAAGGGACGUUUAAACGAAUAAUAUUUUCGAAAAAGUAUCCAUAGUCCUAGCGCAUUUUAUUGGAAUAAAUUAUGUGGCAAGGUGUUAGCCCUC